AUGGCCACUCUCAAUCUCUCGACCAACGGUCCCUCUAUCUCUAAGAGCUACCAAUCUAUAGUCAACGCCCCACCCCCAUCAGGCCCCGCCGCUUCGUCCCCAACUUACGGUCAAUGGGCUGUCUUCUCAGUUUCAGCGCCCUUGGCGAAUGCCUUUCAACAAGAUUCCGCGGGGAAGGAGAGCGUCCUCAAGGUUCAAAGCACAGGCGAGGGAGAGCUGUUGGAUCUUAUUGACGAAUUCUCAGACGGUCGCAUCCAGUUCGCGUACGUGAAGAUCAAAGAUUCCAACACCGGGCUGCCCAAAAACGCAUUGAUCGCCUGGUGCGGUGAGGGUGUUCCCGAACGGACCAAGGGCUACUUUACAAGUCACACUGCUGCUGUCGCCAAGCUAUUGCACGGGUACCACGUCCAGAUAACUGCUCGCUCGGACCGAGACCUCACACCAGAAGGCAUCGUUCAGAAAGUGGCCGAUGCGUCAGGAUCGAAGUACUCUGAAAGCUCUGCCCCUCCUCCAGCUCCUGCUGCAACCAAGCCGGCCGUCGCGUCAAAGCCUGCCUUCACACCCUCACAGAGUAGUGGCAUUGGGUCUGGAUUCAAUCCUCUUGCAAGGAACCUCCCCAAUCGCCCUAAGCAGGAUGUUGAUGAUGAUGGCUGGGGUGCAGACGCCCCUCCUGUCACUCGAACACAACUUGAGAAGGUCGGUUCCGCAUAUACACCGACCAAGGUUGAUAUGCGUUCUCUUUCCCAGCAACCCACAGCGACUACUUCUGGACCUGCUCGAUCUGAUGACCGUCCAGAGGUGGUCAGAGGCGCUUAUCAACCGGUUGGCAAGGUAGAUAUCGCGGAGAUACGUCGUCAGGCUAAAGAAUCUGGCGCUCUGAAGGAUGAUCGACCAGAAAUCACCAAGGGAGCAUACGAACCCGUGGGCAAAGUCGAUAUUGCCGCGAUCAGAGCUCGUGCAAAGCAAUCCGACGACCCUUCGCCUUCUGCUCGCCCACAACCCGCUACAGAGGAGUCGACAGAGGCUACUGAACGACCACAGUCCUUGUCCGAGAGGUCUGCGGCGUUCUCGCAGGGUCCAGAACGACUGACUACUCUACCGAAGCCGAAAGUGGCUAACAAAUUUGGAGGAGCGUCUACGUUCACAGGCACCAAGGCCCCUUUGCCCGGCGGAUUCGAAACUAAGCCGCUUGCUCCCGCGGCCCCUGUAGGAGCCGCCAGUCGCACAUUCGCCGAUCAGGGAGGCAAGACACCUGCGCAAAUCUGGGCAGAGAAGAAGGCUCGGGGGCGAGGCGUUAGUGGCUCUGGUGACGGUCUGCCGCCGUCCGGGUACACCGGCGCAUCUCCUGUUCAGCCGCAAGUAAGCGGCAACAGCGGUUGGCAGAGCGGCUACUCGGGCAAGAAGUGGGACUCCGUGCAGACCACCCAUACUGGCCAGUCUAGAGAUAGCCUCGGUGCCCAGAACACUGGUGAGAGGGAAGAAGAGGCUGCUGCUUCCCCUGCCGGUGGAGUGAGCUCCAUCCGUGACCGAUUCUCUGGGGCACCACCAAUGGGCGCUCCUGCGGCAAGCUUCGACAGAGCCCCGCCACCAGCUCCUGAGCCUGAGACUGCUACGAAGCCAAACCGUGGGGUGCCCAUUCCUGGACUGUCCACUGCCCAAUCUGAGGCGGAGCCACUUCCGACACCUCCUCCUGUUGCUCGCAGUCCAACGCCUCCUACACCAGAAGCCCCUUCGUCUCCCAUUCAAAUUGCGGUGCCUGUCAGCAGGACCGCUGUUGAGGACGCGCGUGAUGAGCAAAUCUCGCCGCCGACCGCCAUGCCUGUCGCUUCAUUGAACCGUGCUGUCCCGCAGCAGGAAGACGAUGAGCCGGAGCGUGGGCCUGAUCUAGCUCGGGCGGCCGCCCAAACGGCUGCUGAGACGAGUCUGGGUCACGAAGCCGUCGAACAAGCACCAGCCUCUGGCGGCACUGGGCCUGCAGCCGGUGUACGUGCUCGAGCUGAGUACGAUUAUGAAGCUGCAGAAGAUAAUGAGGUAUCUCUUCGUGAAGGUGAGAUUGUAACCGACAUUCAGAAAAUUGAUCCAGACUGGUGGUUGGUCAAGAACGAAGCUGGCCAGACUGGUCUUGUACCUAGCAAUUAUCUAGAAGAGCUUGGCGAUCAGCCUGCUGCUGCACCAACUGCCCCAGCCGCUCCGGCCGCUCCGGCUGCUCCGUCGCCCACCGCCGCUCCUACCACCAAGGGCGCGACAGCAACCGCUCUGUACGACUACGAAGCUGGAGAGGACAACGAGCUCUCCUUUCCGGAAGAUGCUAUAAUCACCAACGUCACGUUCCCAGACGAAGACUGGUGGCAUGGAGAGUAUAAAGGCCGCUCCGGCCUCUUUCCCGCCAACUACACCAAGGUCAACAAUUAG